AUGCUCGGACACCCGGACCUCGACCGCCGGGUGAAUCUCUACGGGAUGGCGCAGGCCGCCAUCCACCGCGCCAAGGGGCAGUGCGAGGCAUUCUGGGCCGAGUACGAGGCCGAUGACGAUGUGCUCCAUCUUCUCGGCGAUGAGGCACCGGCUCUAAAGAGUCUCCGCCUCAUUGCUUGUCAAGACAUCGUUGAAUUUGAGGAGAUAAAGAAGUUUCCUCUGCUUGAGGAGCUCGAGAUUUCACUCUUUACAAAUAUAGGUGGGAAGCAUGUGUUUGAGGAGGUUGGCAAAGCAUGCCCGGAGCUGAAGCAUUUCAGAUUUAACAAGUACCGUUUCCACAACUUUGGAUACAUUGAGUACUCUGAGGAUGAUUGUAGUGAGUUAAAGUACAACAAGGAUGGUGAUGCCCUGGGGAUUGCAAAUAUGCAUGGGCUGCUUUCUCUGCAGCUCUUUGGCAAUGACUUCACCAAUGAAGGACUGACAGCCAUCCUUGACAAUUGCCCCCACCUGGAGUUCCUCGACAUCCAUCACUGCUUCAACAUCCAGAUGGACGAUGCCCUACGGGCAAAAUGUGCUGCAAUCAAGACUCUGAAGCUUCCCUAUGAUUCAACUGAUGACUAUAAUUUACAGUUUGAGGGACCAAUCUGGUCACCUUCCGGGCUUGGUAUUGACUUUGACACCGACAGUGAUGGUUGUGACUAUAUUCUGGACUCAGACGAUUAUGAUGAUUACUGUGAUCCGAUGCGCUACCUUGACGGUGUCUAUGAGUCCGAGCUUGGCCCAGAAGAUCGGAUGUUCCUCAAGGGUAUGCGCAUGCUAAUGAGAGAUGAUGACGAUGAUGAUUACUGA